AUGGCUAUGAUUAUUUUGCUAUUGACAAGUUUGGCUAUUGGAUCCGCAAGUGGACAGGAGGAUGCGGCUAUUAUCGCACCAAUAAAGCCGCUACCACCAGUGAAUAUGUGUGAUACUGUCAAGUGCCCUGCUGGUACUAAAUGUGUGCUCCAUCAAAUCGUUUGUGUAACUACACCAUGUGAUCCUAUACCUACGUGUGAACCUAUUGGAGACUCCAAAUGCCCAGGGAAGAAUCAAGUGUGGUCGGAUUGUGGAUCCGCUUGCCCAAAAAAGUGUGAGCAGGAGGAGCCGGUAAUGUGCCCAGCAGUCUGUCGCCCGGGAUGUGUCUGCAAGAAAGGAUUCUGUCUUAACAAACUGGGACAAUGUGUUGCUGAUAAAAACUGUGGAAUUUUGACUAAAUGA